AUUCCAAGACAGAUCAACACAUUAGAUUACAUCACUCACUAAUCAUUUCAAAGAGGUCUGAUCUCAAUAUCUCAUACACAACAUUAUCAUAAAUCAUGGAUUCCAAGAUGUCUAACAAGAUCUGUGAGAUUGUUAAGCUGCAGCAGAUUCUGAAGAAGUGGAGAAAGGUGGCCAGCUCCAAGAAAACCAGCCCUGGUGGAGGGGGAGGAAAGAGCAUCAAGUUCCUUAAGAAAACGCUGUCGUUUUCUGAUCACAAUGCUCUGCAAGGGAUGGCUAGGGACAGUGCUGUCCCGAAAGGGUCCCUGGCUGUUUGUGUGGGAGAGGAGAUGAAGAGAUUUGUGAUCCCUAUGGCCUAUUUGAGGUGUCAGGCAUUUGACAUUCUGCUGAAAGAAGCAGAAGAAGAAUUCGGGUUCCAGCAAGAAGGUAUUCUGAGGAUUCCAUGCCAGGUUUCGCUAUUUGAGGAAGUUAUCAAGCUGUUGGAUGAGAAUCAAGAUGCAGAGGUCAUUCAAGAUUAUGUGUUUACUGCAGGCAACAACACAAUGGCAUGCAGCUUAGCAGAAAGCCCGAUAACUAACACUCACCGUCCACAAAGUCCAGUAUGCAGAUAACUCUAGAGUUGAGACUUGUCAGUUCUCAACCUGCUUUGUUUUUUAUGCUGAAGCAAUUAGAGAUCGAGGGAGGCUAUGUUCAUCAUUCUUACUUCUGAAUAUUUUUGUUUGAUCACGUGAAACAUGUAUCGUGUACAAAUAAUGAAAAUGCAUUCACUGUUUGAAUUAUA